AUGACAAGACCGAACUUGAAGGUUACGCUUCUUGGCGAAACCGUUAACUACAAGCCAGAGGUCACUCUCCAAAACUUUGUAGCAAAAAUCACCUCUAACACUGUUAUACUGGCAAAACCAAUAUGUCCCUUUGGAAACCUCACAAAUCUGACUUGUACUCCAGAUGUAUGUGAGAUAUGGUUGGUGCCAGCAUUGAACUCAGCAGCUAGCACUUUUGAUGCUGAUAAGACAGACCCUACAAUUCUCACCCUGUCUCCUUACCCGACUGCAUUCAACAAUGGCUCGAAGAACUACUUCUUGACAAAAGUUGGCAUCCAGAAAGACGUCAACUGCUCCUCUUCUCCCUCCAACCAAUACUUUAGAGUUGGGGCAGAAGGAGACUGUUCCACCGCUAACUGUAAUGGAGUUCUGCCUGUUGGCUCCACUGUUAAGUUCAAAUAUCUUCUUGUGGAGCCAACCAACAAGACAGUACUUGCAGACACAGAGUGGUCCGACAACAUAACUCUUUACACAUUGAAAGACCCUAACGGCAUCAACACUGGUCUACCGGCGAGAUCAGGCGCGAUGGUUGUCAUCACAACUAUUCUCAGUGUCGCCAUGGCGAUACUGUUGUUGUUUCUGUUGAUUCUGCUGAUUUUGACUCUGUGCUAUAGCAGGAGUGAACCUAUUUCUGUGGGAUCCCUGCGUGUUCCACGUUAUGACACACACAACGUCAAAGGCACAACUCCGUAUGUGAACCCGACGUACGAGAGCGAUGGGAACAAAUACGCAACAUCUGACACUUUGCCUCGCGCAUCUAUUGACCCUGAUGUCUUAAAGUUACAAGACAUGUGA